GUGGCAGGUCGACAGAGCACGUGACCCGGAAGCAGUUUGCUCCCAAUCAAACAGACUGCUUUUCGGCUAACUCGGUUUAGCUUUAAAACAUUUCUUGAAGUUUUUGCAAUUUUGACAGCUCUCUUAGACUAACAUUAUAGAUCAUAUGUUAAUUUUAAGAGGAUGAUAACGCGACAUCUUUCUAAUUGGUAACUUGUGAGUUGAUAAAUUUAGCAAACCUGGUUAGCUUAGCUAUAACACCGAGCUCAGCGUUGGUGUUUAGCUAACGUGGAUGUCAUCAAAUUCAACGUAAACUAAACACAUACUUAAAGUUAGUUCAUACAUAUCAUUAACAAUUAUUGUAUCCACGGGGAUGGUUUUAAAUUCGUCGUGAUCCGCGUCUAUGCUCUGUUAGAUAGAGCCUAAUUUGGAUGUUUUGGUUAGCUCGUCUUUUCAGCAGCUAAACAGUAGGAAGAGAAGAGAUGGACGACUUUAGCUCCAUCAGCCUGUUGUCCCUUGCGAUGUUAGUGGGAUGUUAUGUUGCCGGGACAAUACCUUUAGCUGUCAACUUUUCAGAGGAAAAGCUGAAGCUUGUCACAGUGCUGGGUGCAGGGCUGCUGUGUGGGACUGCAUUGGCUGUUAUUAUUCCUGAAGGAGUCCAUGCACUUUAUGAAGAAAUACUAGAAGGGCACCACAGUCAUCCUCAGUCCGGAGUGGUGGAGGUCUCAGAGGCGAAGGCUGAGGCAGUGGAAGCUCUUGCAGCUGGAGGGACACACGAGCACAGCCAUGAACAGCUCCAUGCCUGCAUUGGAGUUUCCCUGGUCCUCGGCUUUGUCUUUAUGCUGCUUGUCGACCAGAUUGGCAGUGCCCACAUGCACAGCGCUGAUGAUCCAGAGGCCGGUAGAGCUGCUUCCUCCAAAAUUACCACAACAUUGGGGCUUGUGGUCCAUGCUGCAGCUGAUGGAGUGGCUUUGGGAGCUGCAGCCUCCACUUCUCAAACCAGUGUUCAACUCAUUGUAUUUGUAGCAAUAAUGCUUCAUAAGGCACCGGCAGCUUUUGGCCUUGUGUCAUUUCUGAUGCAUGCCGGUCUUGAGAGAAAUCGCAUUCGCAAACACCUCUUGGUUUUUGCAUUGGCUGCACCUGUACUUGCCAUGCUCACCUUUGUUGGCCUCAGCCAGAGCAGCAAAGAAGCCCUAUCAGAUGUGAAUGCCACUGGAGUCGCCAUGUUGUUUUCCGCUGGCACCUUUCUGUAUGUAGCUACGGUCCAUGUCCUGCCUGAGGUGGGGGGCGGGGGACACUCUCACUCCCCAAAUGGAGCCAACGGAGGCAAAGGACUGAGCAAAGUGGAGGUGGGAGCUCUGGUUCUUGGCUGCCUCAUUCCUCUGGUGCUGUCGAUUGGCCACCAGCAUUAAGAACCUAUUUAUAGACCAAAAGAUGGAAUAAGCAAAACAGACUUGCCAAUCAGAUGAAGCUCUAUUACUGGAUGGACCUGUGGAAUUCCAUUUAAUGAGUCUUGGAAACUUAAUUGCUGUGACAAUAAGGACAGUGAUUUUACUGCUGAUAAAGACUAAAUUAUGUGUCUAUAAAUGCAAUGGAAAGUAUUUUAACAAGUGAAAA